AAAUUGUAAGUACUUUCACAGCACAUAACCAUCCCAACAGUGGCUCUUCACAUCCUCUUCACAUGGUUUUAUCUUUUCCUUCCUCUCCUCCUCCUCCUCCUCUUAGUGAAAAGCUUCCACGGCAAAAACAAAACCGCCACGAAGACUAUGGCUACGACGACGAAGCAGCGGAAGAAGAACCUCCCUCCGGGGCCUCCGCCUCUCCCCAUCAUAGGCAACCUCCACCAGCUCGGCCACUUGCCUCACCAGUCUCUGUGGGAACUCUCCCGGCGGUAUGGCCCCGUCAUGCUCGUCCGCCUCGGCUGCGUACCCACAGUCAUCAUCUCCUCCCCCAACGCUGCCAGGGAGGCCCUCAAGACGCACGACCUCAACUGUUGCAGCCGCCCGCGGCUGCUCGGCACAGGACGCCUCACCUAUGACCACCUCGAUGUCGCCUUCACCGAAUAUGGCGAUUAUUGGAGGGAGAUGAGGAAGCUGUACCUGCUCAAGCUGCUUAGCGCCAAGCGAGUUCAGUCCUUCCGGUACGUCAGGGAAGAGGAGGUGGGUGCAAUGAUCGAGUCAAUCGCGAAGUCAGCAAAGGGCGGAACUUUGGUCGAUAUGAGAGAGAAGUUGAUGGCUUUGACGGUUAGCAUCACUUGCAGGGUCGCAUUUGGGCAGGCGUCUCCGUUGGAGUUCAACGACGGAAGUUUCGUGGAUAUGAUUCAUGAGGCACUGGCGAUGUUGGGAAGCUUCUCGGCAUCGGAUUUUUUCCCUCGAUUCGGCUGGACUGUGGACAGGUUCACAGGGCUCCAUUCGAGGUUGGAGAAGAGCUUUCGCCAGUUGGACAAUUUCUAUCAGAAGGUGAUCGAAGAGCAUCGGAACACGAGAAGGAGCAAGGAGGAAGGGGAGGACAUUGUCGAUUUGCUGCUGAAGAUGGAGAGGGAUCAGACUGAGCUCGCAGGGGUUCGGCUCAAGGAAGAUAACAUCAAGGCCAUCUUGAUGGAUAUAUUCCUCGCUGGAGUGGACACCGGUGCUGUUGCCAUGGAAUGGACAAUGGCCGAGCUCGCCAGGAACCCGCGGGCUAUGCGAAAAGCUCAAGAAGAGAUCCGGAGUUGUAUUGGAAACAAAGAACGGGUCAUGGAAGACGACCUUCACGGGCUCAAAUAUCUCAAGUUAGUACUCAAGGAGGCAAUGAGGUUACAUCCUCCAGGGGUACUCAUCCCGAGGGAAACACUGGGCCACUUCAAGCUGUUCGGCUACGAUGUCGACCCGAAGACCCGUGUCCAUGUCAACGUGUGGGCCAUCGGGCGGGACCCGGGCGUGUGGGAGGACCCUGAGGAGUUCGUGCCGGAGAGGUUCGAGGACAGUCCGAUCGACUACAAGGGGAAUCAUUUCGAGCUGUUACCAUUCGGGGCGGGGAGGAGAGUAUGCCCCGGGAUUUCGAUGGGGAUGGCGUCGGUCGAGCUAGCGCUCGCCAAUGUCUUGCACUCCUUCGACUGGGAAUUGCCAAAGGGAAUGACGGAGCGAGAUGUGAGCAUGGACGAAGGGGCUGGCCUGGCUGUAUUCAAAAAAGUGCCGCUCACUCUACUGCCAAUUAAACCACCUUAUAAAAUCAAAAAAUGAAUAAAUCGUGUUAAGAGAAAAACAUCAUAUGUGACGACAUUUUGUACUUAAUUAUUAUCAAGCGUCUCAAGGUUGCAUUGUACAAUGUUAUAGAAGACAACAUCUCCAC